AUGAGUAAAUACACAGGAUUAGGUAUUGGAAUAGAUUUAGGUACAACAUAUUCAUGUGUUGGUAUUUGGCAAAAUGAUCGAGUAGAAAUUAUAGCAAAUGACCAAGGAAAUAGAACGACACCAUCAUAUGUUGCAUUUACUGAUACAGAAAGACUUAUUGGGGAUGCAGCAAAGAAUCAAAUUGGAAUGAAUGUUAAAAAUACGGUAUUUGAUGCAAAACGAAUGAUAGGAAGAAGGUUUAGCGAUCCAACUAUUCAAAAUGAUAUGAAACAUUGGUCAUUUGAAGUAGUUGAUGAUGGACAUGAUAAACCACUAAUUGAAGUAGAAUAUAAAGGAGAA